AUGUAUUAUCCCGGGUACCUCUAUGGCUUCUUCACGACCGCCUUCGUGGUGGUCGGUCUGUAUAUGCUCUUUCAGGGACAAGGUGAAGCCUUCAAUGUCGGCCGCUUCCUGGAGGAGGUAUCUCCUUACGCCUGGGCGAACAUUGGUAUCGCGCUGUGCAUUGGUUGUUCGACUGUGGGUGCUGCAUGGGGUAUCUUUCUCACGGGCUCUUCGAUCCUCGGCGGUGGUGUGCGGGCGCCCAGAAUCCGCACCAAGAACUUGAUUUCCAUCAUUUUCUGUGAGGUCGUGGCCAUCUACGGUGUGAUCAUUGCCAUUAUUUUCUCCGCGAAGCUCUCUCCAGUCCCCGAGAGCCAACUCUACACCCAGAACAACUACUACACUGGCUAUGCUUUGUUCUGGGGCGGUAUCACUGUCGGGUUCUGCAACUUGAUCUGCGGUAUCUCGGUCGGUAUUAACGGAAGUGGCGCUGCUCUUGCAGAUGCCGCUGACCCUAGCUUGUUCGUCCGGAUUCUCGUCAUCGAGAUUUUUAGCUCCGUUCUGGGCCUGUUCGGCCUGAUCAUCGGCCUUUUGGUGGGUGGCAAGGCCCUGGACAUGGGUGCGGCCUAA